CUAUUACAGGAAAUGACGACGAUCUACAUCCGCUUUCUCGUUUCUCGCUCAGUGUUUUGGCGCGUGUUGUGAUGUUCAUUUUUUUGAUUGUUUACACAGCUGGUUGAAGGUCAUCAGAUCUGAUCAAGAUGAAUUGUGAAAUUUUGGCUACCUGUAGUGCGCUUGGUUACCUGGAAGGAGACAAUUAUCACAAGGAAACCGAUUGUUUGGAGAGUGUCAAAGAUCUGAUCCGGUAUUUGCGACAUGAAGACGACUCCCGUGACGUCCGGCGGCAGUUGGGGGCUAGCCAGAUACUUCAGAAUGACCUCCUCCCUCUUAUUGUUCAGUUUAGACAAGACAAAACCUUAUUUGAUGCAUGCAUCAGGCUCAUGGUCAACCUGACUCAGCCGGCUGUGUUGUGUUUUGGAAAAGUUCCAGAUGAUCCAGUUUUCACUCAUCACUUCAUGGAAGUGACUUCGCAUUUACAAGCUUAUAAAGAGGCAUUUGCCAGCGAAAGAGUGUUUGGGAUUUUAAGUGAGACGUUGUACAACUUUCUGCAGCUUGACUGGGAGCAGAGACAGGAGGAAGAUAACCUUCUGAUUGAGAGGAUUUUGCUUUUAGUCAGGAAUAUACUUCAUGUACCUGCAGACCCGUGUGAAGAGAAGAAGGUGGAUGAUGAUGCCAGCAUUCAUGACAAGGUGCUGUGGGCCAUUCACAUGAGCGGAUUUGAUGACCUGGUCAAGUUCCUGGCGUCGGCCCAGAGCGAGCAGCAGUGGAGCAUGCACGUGUUGGAGAUAAUAUCCCUCAUGUUCAGAGAUCAGACGGCGGAGCUCCUGGUAAGCGCCGGCCAUUCCCGUUCAGCAGAAGAGAAGCAGAGAGAUCUUCAGGAACUGGAGGCGCUGCGGCAGAAGGAGAACGCAGAGAAACGUUCGAGGACGUUACAGAGAGGAACCAGACACUCGCGCUUCGGUGGCUGCUUUGUUGUCCAGGGCCUCAAGGCGAUCGGGGACAAAGAUGUUAUUUACCACAGAAGGCUUCACAAAUUUAAAAGUUACACUCAUGACGAAGGCAAAGCAGUGAGGCGUGUUCCCAAGAGAAAUCAGAGAGCCUCUGAGUGUAAGGAGCAACGCCGUUCCGCCUUAAACGUUCGGCUCUUCCUGCGUGAGUUUUGUGUGGAUUUCUUGGAGAACUGCUACAAUCGGCUCAUGUAUCUCGUCAAGGAGAACCUGAUCCGAGAACAGAGCCAGCAGCACGAUGAGACCUAUUACCUGUGGGCGCUCAGCUUCUUCAUGGCUUUCAACCGCGGCAACAACUUCCGCGCUGACUUGGUUUCUGAGACCAUGUCCAUCCGCGCUUUUCAUUUCAUUGAACGCAACAUCACCAACUACUAUGAGAUGCUGCUAACGGACCGCAAGGAGGCCACUUCCUGGUCUCGCAGGAUGCAUUUGGCAUUAAAGGCAUAUCAAGAACUUCUGCUGACUGUCAACGAGAUGGACCGCUCACAUGACGAAGGCAUCCGGCAGAGUUCCAAUGUUCUAAAAAGUAACAUUUUCUACAUGAUGGAGUUCAGGGAGAUCUUCCUGACCUUGCUGAGAAAAUACGAUGAAACUAAGCAGCCUGGGACGUACCUCAAAGACCUGGUAGAGACCACACAUCUCUUUCUGCGCAUGUUGGAGCGAUUCUGCAAAGGACGGAAAAACUUGGUUGUGCAGAGGAAGCGAGUGAAGCGGAAGAAGUCUCACAAUAGAAAGAAGCAGUCGGUUGCAGAAACGAGUCCAGAAGCUCUUGCUGAGACCUGGAAGAUUGUGGAGGAAGAGCUGAGGGCUUCGGGGUUUCAGCUGUCAGAGUCCCUCACUGGAAGCAUCAUACCUUUCGACGCCACGUCUAAAAUUCCCCUCGAGGAGCAGCGAAUCGAGGCCAUGGUCCGUGUGCAAGAUGCCCUUCUGGCUCACACGGGACCAGAAGCUCUGGCGCUGCUGCGAGCUGCCAGGGAGGUGUGGCCUGACGGUAAUGUGUUUGGUUCCCCCGAUGUUGAGCCAGAAGAAGAACUUGAACUUCUUAAGGAAAUCCUUCAUGCCAAUCUGCCAAGAUCAACCGCUGAGACUUUGGUUGAGGAGGAAGACGAUGGAAUUGAGUUUGAAGAGGAAGAGCUGGAGUCAAUCCAAGUUUCGGAAACAGAGUUCAACUUUAAAGAUUUUAUCAAGAAGUUUGCUAACCCCAGCAUCGUGCGCCCUUACAUCCUCAUGUUAAGAACCUACUCCAAGAACACGCCUCACACCAACCACUGCGUUGUUCGGAUGCUUCAUCGCCUGGCGGUUGACCUGAAAAUGGACGCUCUGCUUUUCCAGCUGUCCGUCUUUCACCUUUUCAACAAAAUCCUGAGCGACCCCGCUGCUGAGGCCUACAAGGAAUUGGUGACCUUUGCCAAGUUCGUAGUGAACCGAUUCUUUUCCGUGGCUGCACAAAACAACAAAGCUUUUGUUGAACUGCUCUUCUGGAAAAAUGUGGGGGCUGUUCGCGAGAUGACCGAAGGCUACAGCAAAGAUGGGGAGGGAAAGAAACCGGCAUGGAGCGAGGAGGAGGAAGAGGAGCUGCGCAAGCUCUACAUGGAGCAUCGCGAUUCCGAUGUACCAGACAUAGUGGAGACCCUGCUGCCUUUACUGAGCAACAGCAGCCGCACCCGGAGGCAGGUGGUGACCCAACUAGUGCGCAUGGGUCUUGUGGACAACGCUAAAGAGCUGAAGAAACAGAAGAAAGGUACUGGAAUAGUUCUGUGGACAGAGGAUCAAGAGGAAGAGCUGCAGAUGCUUUUUGAAGAAUUCAAAGACUCUGAAGAUGUGCUGGGGAACAUCAUGAAGAAACUGACAGCCAAGCGUUCUCGUGCACGUGUGGUGGACAAGCUGCUCAGCAUGGGCCUGGUGUCUGAGAGACGAGAGCUGUACAAGAGGAGAAGACGCAGAGCUCCGGGGAAGAGCUCUGGAGCCGGAAUGACAGAGGAGGAGUUCUUAUCUGGACUCAAACAAGAUGACUCUGUGGACGGACAUUACGAUGAUGAGGAGGAUGAUGAUGAAUCUGGAGACAGUGAGGAGGAUGAAGAGCAGGAGCGUGAAAAUUCGCAAAACGUUGGAAAAAGGAGUCAGAGCUCCCAUGUCAGAGUGGCUGGAAGAGCAGACGUAGGUGCCAUCGUGAACUCUUUAGUGCAGGAAGGCAUGUCUGGACCUUUGAUGUGGAUACAGAAUUGCCUGAAUAAAACAGCAAACGAUCGGGAGGAUGACGGCUUGUCCCAGCCUGUUCCUCUUGUCCCGCUGGCCGAGGAAAACGAAGAAGCGAUGGAGAACAAGACCUUCUUGAAGCUUCUGGGCAAACUGGGAAUGCGAGCGCCCGCAAAUGAACAAGAGAGCUUCUGGAGGAUCUCGGAGAAAAUGAGUCCACUUCAGCUCCGGAGUGCAGCUGCAGCUUUAACUCCAGGAGAGGGCAAAGCAGAAAGCUCAGAGGAACUAGACGGAUCCAACGGCCCAGCAGAAGGAGCCGGAGAUGAGAGAGGCGCCUCAGGAGAGCAGAGAGCUCAGGCUCUGAGGGCUCUGCUGCUCGCACGGAAGAGAAAAAACCCCACCAAGGACUCAGAUGCUGCAUCAGAUGCAAAUUCUGAUGAAGACUCAAUCAGCUUAACUAAGAGCAGAUCCCAGGAGGAGAAGACCUCGACUAAAAGAAGCAGAAGGGGACUUUCAGAUGAUGAGGAGAUGGAAAAUGAGCUGGACUCCAGCACCACAGUGAACAUGGACGUGGAUGCAGGAGCAGAUUCAGACGGGGAGGAUAUUUCUGCUCCUGUUAAACGACGGCGGAAAAUGGUCUUGAUAGAUGACGAAGAAGAAGAGGAGGAUUAGUGAUGGUCUUUAAUGGACUGCGUAGAGUCUCAUCUCUCAUGUCUUCUGUGGCACAAAGCUUUCUGGAAUCAGAGUGGGAUCAUUUAGUACCAAAAACCUAAAGUAAUAAGUUCUUUUGAUGUUUUUAUUUUUACUUACCAGUUUAUUCUGUUGUGCAGAUUGUUGUUUGUUCGUGUCACUUCAAUAUAAUGUUGAGAAAAUGUUGCAUUUGGUGUACACUCACUUUUCUAUAGGUAAAGUGCUUUUAUUGUUGCAUUCUAAAGUUCAAUCUCCUAUUUGUAUGCUCACCAAUAAAAUAUCAGUUAACAGCAGA